UAAAUUCCAAACCAACAAACUCCAAAGCAACAACGCACGCCCUCGCUCUCUCUCUCUCUCUCUCUCUCUACCUCUCUCGAUCUAAUCUGCGCUUUUCACUUCCCUACAAAGACAAUCCUCUCUCUUUCCAUUUUAGGGAGCUGCGAUCCUCGGCUUCCAUGGCUACCGUACUCGAUUCCCUUUCCAUUCCUUCCUUUCCUUCUUUCCCCAAAUCUACAGUCUCUCCUUCCCUCACUGCUUCUGCCUCUCCGAUUUCAUCUAUCAGCAAGAGACCAGCCGUGAGGUUACCGGAGGCCAGUGGUCUCAAGAUUCGCUCCUUUGGAUCGGUCACUCAGACUCCCAUUCGUUCUAGACUUGCUCGUGGGAGGAUCGUGUGCGAGACACAGGAAACUGCUGUUGGAGUGCUUGCUGUUAAUGAGAAAACAUGGAAGAAUCUUGUUCUUGGAUCUGAAUCCCCUGUCCUUGUUGAAUUCUGGGCUCCAUGGUGUGGUCCUUGCCGUAUGAUCCACCCUGUAAUCGAUGAACUUUCUAGGGAAUAUACUGGAAAGCUUAAAUGCUACAAGCUUAAUACUGAUGACAGUCCUGCAAUCGCAACCCAAUAUGGAAUUAGAAGCAUCCCAACUGUUAUGAUAUUCAAGAAUGGUGAGAAGAAAGAUGCUAUUAUUGGUGCAGUUCCCAAAAGUACUUUAGUCACUAGCAUAGAUAAGUUCUUGUAAAGGGGGAGAGUGAAGAGAGCACUUGCUGGAACUAAAAUCUUCUUAGAAUUGCUUUCUUCUCUCUUUAGCUUUAACUCCCCAAGUUGAGAUGCUUUGCUUCCAUAAUAAACUCAAUUAUUCCUCUGUAUAGUACUGGAAGCAGCUGUGUUUUAUUUUAUCUUUAUAUAAUAUUAGAUAUAUCACUUGCCUAUUCAAA